AUGAAUACAGAGAUUAUACUGACUAUUAUCGUAGUUGUGCAAGCUCCAACUUUGUCGCAGCCGUGUGAUUCAACCUACGAAAAAUGGCAACCAUCAUGGAUACCAAAACCAAGAAAUGAUCUACUGUGUCAAUUUGAAUGCACACGUUCGACACCUACGAUAAUUGCAAAGAAAGGAUCUGAUAACUGUUGCCCGUGUCAUUCUUGUGCAAUAUGGGAAGGAACGGAAAAGCAGCUGUUUAUAGAGUAUGUAUCAGUGCUAGGCACAAGUUUAGUUUUGUCCAAACAAAUAGAAAAAACUCCGGAUCAUGGUGUGUAUGAAAUAAAACACAGACACUCUAAAAUGACAGAAUUGCCAAGUAAUAUUUGCAACUGGAACACUAACAUAACGAUCAAAGGAAGAUUUUCUGAAGAAUUCGAGGGUUUAAAAGCUAUUUGGGGAAGCAUUGUAAAAAUAGAUUUCAGCUAUAACAAAAUAGAAAGACUUAUAGAUUUUAGUUGCCUCAAAAGACUGGAUGAACUUAAGAUAAGUAAUAAUAAGUUAACCUAUGUAUCUAACUCGUCAUUUACAACUCUUUCUAAUUUAAGAUUUGUUGACUUCUCAUUCAACAAAAUACAUAGAUUAGAUCCUGGUGUUCUUACCGCCAGAAAUUUGUAUUUGUUUCGUGCUGACUUCAGUCAUAACAAUAUUAAAGCACUAGACGUCUCUAACACACUUACUUUAUAUCCAUUUUGUUACAUCAGUUUCCGCUUAAACAACAUGACAAAGCUAGUCAAUGAGUUAAACUUUGCAUUAAAUAUGACGAAAGUAUACGGUCCAGGGAGAAUGGAUUUUGCAGAAAACAGAUUCACCGCUUUUCCAGAUUUUAAAACUUUGUACCAUCUAGACGAGUAUGCACAAUUAGGACAUUUCCUUCGAGUCCAGUAUGAUUUACAUAAAAUUCCUAUUACAUGUGAUUGCAAGGUCGAAAAAUACAUGACGUUAGCUUACGAUCUCAGAAAUAGCCUAUGGCCAGGAUUUAUGGCUUUACCGUGUGCUGGACCUGACGAUCUUAGGGGCAAAAUCAUUGUUGAUGUAAAUCCGGAAAGAUUUAUCUGUAAUAUAUCUGCUGAUUUUGGCUGUCAGACGCCGCAGUGUAACUGUACUGACAAACCACAUAGUAAUACUUUGUUUGUGAACUGUACAUAUGAUAAAGGCCGAAAAUUUGGUUCUAUACCAACACUUCCAAAGUCUAAUUAUUCUGAAUAUAUUUCAUUGGAUUUUUCUGGGCACAACAUAAGAAGUAUCUCAGAUUUAAAGCAUUUGUCUAAUAUAACAAUGUUAAACGUAUCAAAUAAUAAUAUUCUAGAAAUAGAUAAUGAUACUGCAAAAGCUCUUGAAAACGCAACGUUAGACAUAUCAAAUAAUCCAAAUCUUAGAUACCUACCUAAUGUUUUCCUCGCCUACCGUAAUGUAUGUUCAACAAUAAUGACAGGCCUCACAAUAUCUUGCGAUUGUGACUCACGAUGGAUUGAAGAAUGGUUACAUGCUAAAAAAUGCUUAAACGAGCAGUACCUGUUUGACUGCGUAUUACCAAAUGGAGAGAUAAAACCUGCUUUGUUGUUUCGGGCAAAUGAUAUUGAUUGUUUUUACGAUCAUUUUUCUUUCAUGGACACUCUUAACAGGAUUGUUGUGGGUACAACGUUUUCCCUUAUUGUUUUUGGAAUAUUCGCAUACAUAUUCCGAUAUGAGUUACUAAUUAUAUGUGUGCGUUUGAAACAAAGCAAAAGAGCCGAGAUAUUGCCACGGUAUAAAUAUGACGUUUUCAUAUCCCUCGAUACAACUAAUGAGAGUGUGACGAACUGGGUUUUUGACAAACUGAAAAACAGUCUUAUAGUCGCUGGAUAUAAAAUAUUUAUACCAGAACAAGACGUCACAUUCGGAACUGAAAGAAAUUCUGAAGUCAUAAAAGCAAUUAAUGAAUCAUGCAAUUUUCUUAUUGUCCUCUCUGAAUUCUAUGUACAUGAACAAGAUGACGGCAUGCGACCAUGGACAGAAAACGAAUGGAAAUUUUGUUGGCACAACUACAAAAGGGACAGAAAUAAAAACAUAAUUGUUGUAAAUUUUGACCAUUUGUCUUCAUUUGACGUUGACCAUCUACAAAUAAAAGCAUUCCUCCGUGUUGGAUGCACAGUUGAUUUCAAAAAUCAGAACAGAGACAUUAUGGAAACUAUUUACAAAAUAUUAGGAAAGCCAUUUGAUUUAAAUCUAAUUAAUAACCAAUGUUCUGAGAAUAGAAACCGUAGAUAUAGGCAUAUUGAAUUACCUGUUCCAUCUACAGAUACAUGUUCUGAAGCACAGAAGGAAACACAAGUAAGGGAUUCCACAACACCGGAACAUAUAACUGAAAACGUGCAUUUCAAUGAAAGUGUUACUGAAGAAUUGAAACAGACCCCUCAUAUCCCGUUAUUUAAAAGAAACAAUUAUGACGAGAACGACAAUUCUCAAGAGUCUGAUGUGUAUAUAGUAAGCCGUGAAGGAUCGAGGGUGUUUCAGGAUAGCCUUAUAUUUGUACUGGCAGAUAAAGAUGACAAAAGUAAUUCCAGGCAAUUCUCCAAGGUAUUUCCCUCACUGGAUGAUGAUAUAAAUGACUCUUUUUUAUCUUCCAGGAAUGAUUUUAUUUCAGAUACGAGCAGUUUUGGAAGCUCUUCCAGUAUGAUGACAGCAAAAACUGAUAUUUCAACAACUACUUUAACGUCAGACAAUAUGACGGAAAUAAGCUCGGUUUAGGAUAACAUUGAAACAUUUGGGUAUCAUAUAUAAUUUGAUGUCAAUCUCAGAUUGAGCGAUGAUUUACCAUUUUAUCAUUGUCUUAUUUUUGUCAAUGAAAGAUUCAAUUUUAAGAUUAUAUCUUAUGAUUUUAUAAAUCUUGAUAGAUAAUAAAUAUGCAUAUAAAAUAGGGUUUUAUUCUUAAGUCAGUGCUAGGAGGAGUGAACGGUAGCUUGCAAUGACCACUACC